UCUGAUGGAAAACAAAGCUUACGUAGCCAGGACAGAUACUGAAAGACUGACAGCUCUCUCUCUCUCUCUCUCUCUCUCUCUCUCUCUCUCUCUCUCUCUCUCUCUCUCUCAGUCAGGAGGAGUCUAUAUGGGACGCUGUCACUCUGGAGUUGUCUGCACACUGGAGAGCUGUGUUUCUACUGACCUCUGCACAUUGGAAUACUCAGCCUCUUUUUUUCCCUCUCUUUCUGUCUCCGGUCUCAUCCGGGGGAAGGAAUUCUGGCAGAGCUGUUGAAGGGAACUUUUUUUCAUUCUUCCCCUCUUACACGCACACACACACACACACACACACACACACCACAUCUCUCCUCCUUUAGUGUGUAGCUUGCAGGGGUGGGCGCAGACGUUGAUAGUGUUUGUGUGGAUGUGUGGCGUGGAAAGUGAAAAGGAGACAUGCUGCAAAACGGCAUGGCUGGUGCCAUCAGCACCACAGCCACCACUGAGAUACCAGACCUCAAUGAGAGGAGAAUCAGGCGUCUCCGAUUAACCCUCCGGCCUGAGGACAGUCCAAAAUCCCAGAAUGAAUCCGUCAACUCUGGCGAGAAACUGCUCAAUGGUUCCUGGAAAAAGAAAAAUGGGCUCAUGCAGAGAGAAAGACCGCCUGGGAGAGAAUCACCUCAACAAGAAGACAAGCACCCCGUGACCAAUGGCAUUGGCCGGGAACAGCCCGCUCAGCACAGGACCAGAGUUUAUGGCGUGGUGCAGAGCUCAGGCACCAGCCACCAACAGGAAGUGAUGGCACGAGAGUCAGUCAGUGUCAGUCAUCUGAGGGAUGAGAUGAGGUACAUCAGAGAGGUCCGUGACUCUUUGGAAAAGGUCAGAGAGCGCAUGUAUGGCCAGUUUGGAGGGAUGCAACAAUCAGUGCAAAAAUUAACUCAGGAAUUAAAGGCAGCCAACUCUCAUAAGCGUUACCUUGAGUCGGAGGUGAGGACGAGACGGGCAGCUAUGGAUAGCUUUGACCAGAUGAACAGCUCCCUCAUAUCAGCCAACAUUGAUCUACAGAAAUCAUUGCUGGAAAGCUGUCAGAAUCGUGUGGGGAACAGAGAUGAGAUGAGAACUCUGCGCAGCUCGUUGGAGAAGACGGAGGAGAGACUCAAGGACACAGAAAGACAACUAGCAGCAGCACAGGCUGAAAACCGCUCUCUCAAAAAUCAGGUGGAGACUUCUCAGGAGGCCAAGACUCGAGCUCUGAAAGAACUGAGUGCAAAGCUACAGAAAGAAUAUGAGGAACAGUUGCAGGAAGAGCAGAAGAAAUACAGAGAGGAGAUAGAGGCUCUUCAGGCGCAGCUUGAUGACUACAUGAGGAGGCUUGAGGAGGCAGAGAGGAACGCUCAGAUAGCUGAGGCAAAGAUCGCUGAAAGGGACCAAAGGAUUGCAGAGGUGGACAGGCUGCUAAACUGUAUGGCUCAGGAAAAGGGUGACCUGAUAAAAAAGCUUUGCGAAUGUGAACAACGCUUACGUGGUUUGGACGAAACCGACCAUGCAGAUACAGCUGUUGCCAAACAGUCUGAGCAGCUGAAAGCGGAAGCAGCAGAACUGAAAGAGCGAAUAAAGCAUCUCAACGACAUGGUGUUCUCUCAACAGAGGAAGGUCAAGGCCAUGAUAGAGGAGGUCGAAACGCUGAGAGCAAAAGUUGCUCAGAAGGAUAUGUUCAUCGCUGAGCUGCUGGACAGGAUUGCCAUUGUGGAGUGUGAGAAUAAUGAGUUAGGAGACAAGUUGAAGUAUUUUAUGUCUAUACAGAGAGCGUCUGAGACUAAAGUCACCAGGGACAUUGGAGUCGGCUGUGACCUCCCCAUUAGAUCUGAGGAGCCACCGUAUGUCGAUCCCGUCCAACCCAGCUCCAUCUCAUCGGCCCCAAGAUCCCCCAGCAGACUCAAUUACAGUCUUCUUAAAUACACUCCCGGUCAGUACAGCUCCAUGCUGCGCUCCAGCGCUGUAAAUACACAGGAAACUGUGACCAGUCCCACACAGACAAGUCAUGUUCAAACCAGCCAGGAAGACGGGGACCCCAAACCUCCGGCAGCCUCAGAACUGUCCUCUACCAUCAGUCCUAGAGCGAGGACCGGCCCAUCACAGAUCUACACUCCUUUUAUGAAGCUGAUGGACAUAAGUGCUAAAAUGAACAUAGACUGAAUGGCGUUUUACUGAAAUGGCGGCAGCAGCAGAAGCUUAUGGAACAUGAAGUAUUGUUGUUUUGUUACUGUACAUUAAUAUUACAGUAUAUGUAAAUAACCUACUGACCUGUGAAUAACUUAUUUUGGUAGUAUACUAUAUACUGAUGCACUCUAUGUUGCUUUGUUUACCAAAAAUCUAGUGAUUUUAUGUGAUAGCUAUCUAUAUUUUACAGUUAUCUAUUUAUAUUUCUAUUUUCCAUUUUCUGAAACCGUAUUUAGAUUAUUUGUAAAAGUGUAAUACACAGAAUAUUUUGUUAUAUACAAAACAAAAACCCCUCAACAAUAUGCUUAUAUAUAUAGAGAGAGAGAGGGUCUGUUUUCAGAAAAGGAAUGAUGGUAGCUAUCAACUGUGAUCACAGCUCAGUACUUGUUUUUUUUUUUUUUUUGUUUGUUUUUGGCUUCAGCGUGUGUUGAAUGUGUUUUAAUGGUUCUUUUUGUUUGUACUAAGAGAGUCUCAUGCUCUCAGAUGCACUUUUCCCUCCUGGAGAUACAGAUGCAAAGAAUUCAGUUCACCUGAUUUUUAUGACAGGAACACUGAAAAUGCCAGUUAAAAAAAGAAGAAGUAUUGAUUAAGGCCCCCCACUGAUCUAGAGAGCUUUGCUCUAGCACAGAGUGAAGACUGCUGAGAGGAAGCAGGCCUCGGUGGAUUUGUUCACAGCGUUAAUGUGUUAAUGCAUUUUUCUGAAGACUCGCUUCAAUUGCCAAAAUCACAUCAUUUAUGAAGACUGCGAAUGAAGGUUUAUAGACUACAUUUGGUAUUAACGGUUUUCACUCACUGAGCACUGUAUUUACACAUAACUGGGUAUACUCAAGAAUUAAAAUGUCCAAACCUA